AUGGCGGGGGAGCGGGUGGAGGUGGACGGCGGGAUCAUGGAAGGGGGCGGCCAGAUCCUGCGGGUGUCUACGGCCCUGAGCUGCCUUUUGGGCCUGCCCUUGCGCGUGCAGAAGAUCCGAGCAGGCCGCAGCACCCCUGGCUUGAGGCCUCAGCAUUUAUCUGGACUGGAAAUGAUUCGAGAUUUGUGUGAUGGACAGCUGGAGGGGGCAGAAAUUGGCUCAACAGAAAUAACCUUUACACCAGAGAAGAUUAAAGGUGGAACUCACACAGCAGAUACCAAGACAGCAGGGAGUAUAUGCCUCUUGAUGCAGGUCUCAAUGCCCUGUGUUCUCUUUGCUGCCUCUCCAUCAGAACUGCGUUUGAAAGGUGGGACCAAUGCAGAAAUGGCUCCACAGAUUGAUUACACAGUGAUGGUUUUCAAGCCAAUUGCUGAAAAAUUUGGUUUCAAAUUUAAUUGUGACAUUAAAAUGAGGGGCUACUAUCCAAAAGGGGGUGGUGAAGUGAUUGUUCAGAUGUCACCAGUUAAAAAGUUGAACCCAAUAGACUUAACUGACCGUGGCUCUGUGACUAAGAUAUAUGGAAGAUCUUUUGUUGCUGGUGUUUUACCACUUAAAGUAGCAAAAGAUAUGGCGGCAGCAGCCGUGAGGUGCAUCCGAAAGGAGAUCAGGGACCUGUACGUUAACAUCCAGGCGGUGCAGGAAACGAAGGACCAAGCCUUUGGCAAUGGAAGUGGAAUAAUUAUUGUUGCUGAGACAUCUACUGGAUGUUUAUUUGCUGGAUCAUCGCUUGGUAAACGAGGUGUAAAUGCUGACAAAGUUGGAAUUGAAGCUGCUGAAAUACUGUUAGCAAAUCUUCGACAUGGUGGUGCUGUGGAUGAGUAUUUGCAAGACCAGCUGAUCAUUUUCAUGGCAUUAGCUAAUGGUAUUUCCAGAAUAAAAACAGGACCAGUUACGCUCCAUACGCAGACGGCUAUACAUUUUGCUGAACAACUAGCAAAAGCCAAAUUUACUGUGAAGAAAUCUGAAGAUGAAGAAGAUGCCUCCAAAGACACUUACAUUAUUGAGUGCCAAGGAAUUGGGAUGACAAAUCCACAUUUAUAACUAUUUGCCUUUCAAAAGAUACGUCAAUAUUUUAUUGCACUACUUCAUUUCAUAAACACUACUACCAAGUGUUGAAUACGAAGUAAGUUAUUGAAGG